CAGUACCGGAGCACAUCUGUCAGUCGGUACUUGGCAUCUGUGCUGUUUGGUUUGUCCGCAACUUUGUUGAGGAGGUGAGUUCACGUGUGUGCGAUUGUCAACGACGAGUGGUUCGGAGUUCAUUCACGUGUGACCGCGUCCUUCCCGUGUAAACCCUCCAACCAGGAUUAGCGAAUCGCCUGAGUGAAUCAACUGUUUCUGUCGUUUUCCGUGAUUUGCGCCUGGUCCGGCGAAAAGCGUUGGCCUCUGAAAGUGAAGUGAAAGUUUCCCGUGGUCACCCGUGCAGCGCGGUCCGGUCCACUUGACCGCUUGAAAAAAAAUCUCGGCAAAAUCAUUCGCGGACAAAACAAAGUCGAAAAGUUUCGUGCGGGGAAAGCAAUUCCAAGAAUAAACUUUUCGACGCGGAGAGGAAAAUGUGUCAGCAAACUGUCGUCAUAGCGAAGUGAAAAAUAAAUCGAAACCCAACAAGUGGAUUCCUGUAAAGUCGAGGGCGUCGGGGAAGCGUAGAGGCUCGCAUUGGUUUGGCAGCCCAGCGUCGUGCCAAGUCCUCCAGUUCUUGGAAGUCUUCAGUUUCCGCGUUUACGAAAUAUUUGUUCCGCUCCAAUAGUCCGCGAGUGGAUGUCGAUGAUCAAUUAACGUUUCGAGGCGGCGAGUUUCAAUUCAAUAGCGAAAAUGGCAAAACCAACAGCAUUGUCGGGUUCCACGCUGGUAUUUGCCGCGGUAUGCGGUCUAUUGGCCACCUCGGUCGGGGCGAGUGAGGACCAGUCAUCGACCGACCAUUGCUUCCGCAACCUUUAUGACGGCCUAGGGAAUUCCACGUUCAUGCAGUUCACCAAGGAGGCGAUUUCGAUGGAUUACGGAGUUCAGGGGUCGUUCAAGAGCCUGCACUGUUGCGCCAAGGGUUAUAGGAGCAUUGAAUGGCUCAAAGAUGGCAAGGCGUAUCCCUGGACCUCAGAAAUAUCUUCAUUAAUAUUAUACCCAGAAGCAUCUAAUCAAACAAUUUAUACAAGACAAGUUCAAGCUGCUGACGCUGGCAAUUAUACAUGUGUCUUACGAAAUGAUACACACAAGAUAGCACAUCACAUCUUGCUUAACGUACAAGGUAACCUACCAGACAUACCGUUGGCAACAUAUCGUCCCCAUGAUCAAGUUGCCGAGUUGGGAAAUUCGGUCCGAUUCUAUUGUGAGGCUUUCGUUGGAAAACUUGGACUUCCUGACGCUAAAAGUGAAAUUUCGUGGUUUCAAAUCAAGGAUGGACUUGAAGAACAAAUUGAUGGUGAACAAAUUACAGUUCUCAGAGAAAACGGGCAAAACAUCGGUUCCUACCUGAAAAUAUCACACGUUCAAAUCCACAACUAUGGACGCUACUUAUGUCGCGUACAAUUCAAUGGAGCAGCACAUCACUUGGAAAUGUACGCUGGUCUGUUCAACGCUCCAAUAGCAACAGAAAUUGAUAGAACCCUAACAUUAUAUCAUACGUUGGCCGCCGUUCUGUCAGCUGCCGCAGCAGCCAUUGUAGUUCUAAGUAUUUGGUGUCUAAUUAGGCCAUGGUGCUUGAGGAGGAAUGGUUGCAAGAAUCAGUGCCAAAUAGAAAAUAAUAUGGUUAACAACGGUUGCGCCAAUGAGAACUAUGGGCGACAAAACUCGAUGGGCCCACGUCAAGUGUGAUAAUUUUUUCAGCUGCAAACAGCCCCAGGCAUUUUGGAAACCAAAUUUUUAAUUUAAAAGAAAACUCAGCUAAAAAAACCUAGAACUGAAAAUCGCGUAAUUAGACAUGAUUUGUUUUGAUAUGUAUGUUUAAAAACAUUUAGAAAGACUAUGCUAUGUAAUAACAUUGAAUUUAAUAAUAAUCUUAGUGCGUAGCGGAUGUAGGGAAAUAUAGCGGCAAAAGGAGACGUGUAAAGAUAAAAGAAAGUCUCCUGAAUUUCCCGGAAAGUAUUAUUAAAUGUUAUGAAACGAGAGAAUGUGUCUAAGUAUUGUUUAUUAUUUUAUUAUUGAAACGCUACUCUAUUAGUUUCUAAGCGCUAUUUAUUUAAAAAUUUAGAUUUAAAUCAAAUCGGUUAUUCCAAUUCACUGAAGUUAGACGAUGCUCUGUACGGGGGUCAGUUUUAAUUCAUGAUGACUUGUGAUAUUUGUAUAUUUAAUGAUGUCUUCGACCCCCCGUACCUAGAUUCGAACCAAAAUUAUCAAAAUUCGGAAAAAAUAAUUUUACUCUAUAAAACUGCGUUAUUAGUAUGUGCCAUGAUUGCGAAUAUUGUUGAAAGUGCUGAGCUUGGCAACAAGUAUCGAUUUAAAUAUUGUAUAAAACCUUCCUACGUCUGCAGAAGUAGCUUUUCCUCCUUUCAUAUACAGAAGGUGGCUUCACCCCCUUGACCCGAAUUAUGAAAGUGUCACGGGAAUCAGUUUGCAAGGAUAACUGAUUUUCAAUCACGCCUUUAUUUAUGUAACUUCAUAUCUCAUUGUAAUUUAUAUUGAAGGACCUCAUCUUUAUCAACUCCGAAGGACCCUGCACUUGUAUUUGUUGUCGACAAACUCAGGGGCAAACUAAUUUCAGUGAACUGCCGAGCUAGGAACGCGAUAUACGAGAAUAUAUUUUCUUAUUGAAAUGAAAAUUGUAAAUACAUAGUUUUUGCUUUCGAGAAUUUGACUAAUUUCAAUAUUGUAUUUUAUUCUUGUUCGAAUAUCAUUUUAAUUUCAAGAAAACAUUGGGAGGUAAAAGUGGUGUUUUCGUCUUUUUUGUUCUAAACAUUUAAUUAGUAAAGUGAGUAAAGUGAGACAUAAUCGCCUACACGAUGGAAAGUUUUGUAAAAUACAUAUAACUCCGCUGUUUAUAAACUAACGUCUAUGAUAUUCAAUUUUUUAUACUCUUAUAUAGUAAAGUACAUUAUAUUUUGAUAGAGUCGACAUGUCAUAAGAUAACGUUCUUUUUGUUGUACUUAGUCGUAGAAGAUACAGGAAAAUAUCUACCCAUUAUAAAGACAGGAAUUAUAUUUUUUGCUAUUGAAUAAAGAA